AUGAAUUCGGGACCCAAUUUCCGCGAGUGUUCCAUCUCGCACGGGGAGAGUGCGAAUGGGGAGUCUCGCGCGAACGAAAAUGACUACAGCUGCCACAGCUACGGUGUCAGCGGCGAGAAGAGGAGCGACUACGCAGACAGCCAAAACGAUUCCUCGGCCAUGAUGUACAUCCCACAUGUAAACUUGAUGGGGAAAGGGGCAUACCCUGUGGGCGGCCCCAAGAUAAAUAUAAUCUGCACAGCUCACCGAAGCUGCAGCGAAGUGAGCAUCGCUGAGGAAAGCGCCUCCAGAAAGACGCCCGAAAAGACGGCCGAAAUGGCCAGCGCAGUCACUCGCAGUGGUAACGCGAACGUGGGGACGAAAAAUUCUCUCAAGAUAAAAUUGCAAAAAGAUGUAGACAUGAGUUUUAUAUAUAAUAAAUAUGACCAGAAUGGACUGCUCUACUGUAAGGCUAUUAAAUUUAUGAUGAAAAGCGAAACGAAACAUAGCUAUGUAAAAGCGCUGACUGUAAAAAUUAACAGCCUUAAAAGCAUCGGGGGGAAGCAGUACAUGCGGUUGGAGCUGUCCGAUGAUUCAAAUGAGCUAUUUUUUUAUUACCUAGAUUUGUAUGAAGAGAAUUAUGAAAGCAUAAAACGGGAACAGACGCUGGUUAUUAACUUCGAUUUAUUUCCGUUUAAAUUUAUUGACCUGUUGGAAGAGUGCGUUCUUGAAAAUGAGCAAUGUGAAAAAGUGGAGGACCAAAGAUUGCGCGCUGUGCUCAUGCUGGACGGCGGGGGGAAAGCGGGCGAAGGGAAUGCACACAAUUAUGGCAACAAUGGCAACAGUGGCAACAGUGGGAAAGACAAUGGAGGGGGGAAGGUGGGUGGGUCCUAUCCCUACUACGGUGGUUACCCAAACACGGGCUACAACAGUGGGGGGAGUAAUAACCCAAGUUAUGGCAGACCAUAUGCCUGUGGGGGGAGCAGCGCAAAUGAGGAAAAAAAUGCAGAGUGUGCAAUUCUCAAUUUGGUCGAAAUUAAUCAGUUUAAAGAGCUCACCCAUUUGUCGCUCCAACUUAAGAGGGCUGACCACGAAAAUGUCAUCAGCUACCUCUGCAACAAUAUGAAGUAUAUGAAGGCGUAUAAUGGGGAAGUGAUCACCAGGCUGAACGAGGAAAUUGUGCAGAACAGUCAGAACGUGGUCGAAAUUAAAAAUCUGCAAAAAACGAUCGAAAUUUUGGAAAAAAAUAUGGACAAUUUGAAGUGCGAUUUUAACAACACACUCAAUAGCGAUAUAAACAAACUGAGGAAAGAACACGAAAGGGUCAUCGAAAAGAAGGAGGAAAAAUUCAACUGCGAAAAUGAAGAACUGAAAAAAGAUUUGGAAAAUUUGAAAAAUAAAUUUACGCAAUUAAAUGAAGUUAACCAAAAUUAUGAACAAAAAAUUUUUCACCUGAACGGCAAGGUAAAAAAUUUGAAAAAUGAAUUGGAAGAAAAAAACGCAAACUUUGUAAAACUUCUUAAAGAGAAAGAAGACAUCGAGUGUGCUAAAUGCGAAUUGGAGAAAUAUAAAAGCACUUUCACUGUAGAAUUUAAUAACCUCAAAACGAAAUAUGAAAAGGAGUGCGAAAGUAAUAUCUCCAAUAGCUCCAGCUUUGAAAGCAUUAAAAUUAACAACUCCAAUUUGGAAAACGAACUGAAGAAGUACAAAGACAGGAAUGGAAAACUGGAAAAAGAAAUCAACAUCGCCAUUGACGAGAUUAACAAGGGGAAUGACAUCAUCACCAAGCUGCAGACGCAGCUACGGAAGAUGAAGGACAAGCUGAAGAGCAAGACCAUCGAGCACAUCAACGUGGAAAAAGUCAGCUCGCAGAACGUCAGCGAAAUUGGGAAGCUUCAGGGCGAGGUCAAGGCCCUGCAGGACAAGCUCGCCCAGCGCGAGUCCGCGGAGGAGGCGCUCCGCAGGGAGGUUGACGUCUUGCAGCGCCGGAACGACGAGAUGGCCAAGGAGUUGAGCAUAUCUCGGGAGGUCAACCUCCGCCUGAACAAAGAAAUAACGAACAACAACCUGGACAUGUACGCCGCGAAGCUGAACAUGGGCGGGCCCCCGAACGUUGUGCCAGGCGCCAACUUCCGCGUCGACGCGAACCUGCUGGACAAGGACUUGUUCACCAAGUUGAAGGCGAACUUGAAGAGCUCCACGACGCCGGGCCCGGGCCCCGCGUACGCCAUGGAGGGGAACAUGAAUCUCAAUUUAAUGAAUGGAAAAAUAGACACUCUGGGUGAGUAG